CCGCAAUCUUGUUUUGUUACGUCACGAUGAUCAGCAUUGCUUAUGUAGACGGACUGAGAGUUGGAGGUUUUUUGGUCGUUAUUAAGCUCUUUUAUAUUUGCAGCUGUAAGGGCAUAUAUAGCGUUUUCCGUAGGAUAUAAUGCGUUACAGGCUUCUCGGAUAUCGUGUGUUGAUCUUUAAAACGGCGCUGGUUUGUCAGGCACGAAAUGCUCCCAGCGGAAUUCAGAGGAUUUAAGUACUUCAAAAGUUUCAACAUAUGCACAAAAGAAUUAUGGCAUCACCACAGAUGAAGGAGCGCCUAUCGGGUGUUGUGUUAAACACUGUAUCAGAAGGAGCAUCUCCAGAAUCAAAAUGCCCAAUAUGCCUGGAUCAUUUCAAAAACAUAUCAUAUCUGGACGUGUGCUUACAUAAGUUCUGCUUCUGCUGCAUCCGUGAGUGGGCGAAGAACAAAGCAGAAUGCCCUUUGUGCAAACAGCCGUUUAAUUCAAUUUAUCACACCAUUAAGUCUGAAGAUAACUACAAGAGGUUUGACCUGCGACCGACUGAAAAUGGCUCAUUCGGCAACAUGGCAGGGCAAAGAUUCAGGUAUCGCACCACGCUUACAGGUGACCGCAGACCAGCACAGAGGAGAACGUCUCCUCCUCCUGACCAUGGGGUCCUGUUCGAGGGCCUGAGGGGAUCUCUUCCACAGCGGCACAGCAGAGAUCUCCAUAGCAUGCUAAGAAGGUUGGCAGUAAGGCAAAGAAGAGAGAGAGAGGGAAGAUCCGUGCAAAGUUUGUACGAACAAGAAGUCCUUAAGUUCAGACGUGCCUUGUACAGAAGAGGCGUGCGAGUCCAGAGCGUGCAGGAUGGCGGUCGUAGCAGGGAGACUUCUGCAGAGUUCUUCAGAAGAAAUCCUGCUUGUCUCCACAGGCUCGUGCCUUGGUUGAGACGAGAACUGACUGUACUGUACGGUACUCACGGUUCCCUUGUAAACAUUGUGCAGCACAUAAUCAUGACUCUGAUCACUCGACAUAACUUGGACGAACAGGCUGUUUUGCACGAGCUUCGACCCUUCUUACUAUCUCAUACAGAGCACUUCCUGCAUGAGUUUCUUAGUUUUGCUCAAUCCCCGUUCAACAUGGCAGCAUAUGACCAGCGUGCGGUUUACGACCUGCCUCGGCCCUCCGGAGAGGGAAGCAGUUCGGAAACCUCUGUGAUCGCCAUCUCUGAGGACGAAAGUGAUUCUUUAGUGACGGGAUCCCAGGACUAUGCCACUCCCAGUCUGACCUUAAGCCAAACGGCAUGGGAUGACGAGACCCCAGGUCCAUCCUACUCCUCGGAGCCAUCUCAGGUUUUACCUUUCUCUGUGAGGGACUCGGAUUCCGAUAGCAGCGCAGGGGAAGCAAUAGUGUCCGUUGCUGCUGUGCCACAUCAAGACCGUCCAGCAAAUACUGGCACUAUUGCAGUGGAUGGGCAGCAUUCCGUUGCCAGUGACGAUGACUGUGUUAUUAUUGGCUAUGUUAAGCCAGUGUCAGAAAGGACUCCAGAACUGGUCCAGCUUUCAUCUGAUUCAGAACAUUCUGAGCAGAAUGCAGAGUUACAAAGUCCUCGGGCCCCCCAGCACAUUCGAUUCAUUUCAGACUCUGAUUUGUCUCCCACUGACUCUCAGAGGAGGCCAACGAGAUGUUCUCGCACACCUGAGGACACCUCUAGUCAGCCAAGAAAAGAAGAUAAAUAUGGCAAAAGGCAUCAUGAAUGGGAGUUGUCAGGAUCUAGAGAAGGAUCGUCGCGCAGCAACAGGACACACUCCGGCUCCCGUAGCAGGAAUCGCCGGUUGUCUAAAGAGAGCAAGCAUAAGAGGAGACGGGAAAAAGAGAAAAGUCAGCACACCUCAUCUUACUGGCAUUCAUAUAGUCAUUACAGUCAAAGAGAGAGCAGCAGGAGAUGUUAUACAGAGACACGCUCAUCCUACACCAGCUAUUACAGAAGUGCACAUGAUCGUUCUCGUUCUCGAUCGCACAGUAGAAGGCGAAGCAGGGACCGUGAGGACAGAAGUCACUCAAGGAGCAAUUCUAGAAUUAAGUCCAGCUCCUCCAAGCGUCAGGACAGAAGUCGCUCGAGGAGCAGGUGUAGAAUCAACUAUUCCAAAAGUCGGAACAAAAGUCGCUCAAGGAGCAAUUCUGGGAUCAACUCUUCCAAUCAUCAGGACAGAAGUCGCUCGAGAAGCAGAUCUCGUAUCAAGUCUAGUUCCUCCCACCGUCAGCACAGAAGACGCUCAAAGAGUAGCUGUAGAGUCGACCCUUCCAACCGUCAGAACAGAAGCCGAUCAAGGAGCAGCACUAGAAUCUACAGAUCGUCCUCGCAUCAGGCGUCACGGCGUGAUGAACGUGGCAGGAAAAAGAAAUACAAAACAAAGCAUCAUGAGGAACCCUCUAGCAAACUGUUUACUGAUUCUGUUAAAGAUGAUGCAAAAAAGAAACACAAAAAGCAUCACAAAAAGCUCAAGAGGAAAAGCAGGAGUCCAAGCAGGGAUGACAAAUCUGAGGGUCACAGUCGGAAACACAAGAAGAAGAAGAAACACAAGAGGAAGAGCAGGAGACAUAAUAGUGAGGAGAGGGAGGAAAAAAACAACCCUGUUCUCAUUACAAUUACUAGUGACAGUGACAGUGCUGACCCCGGUGAACCCUCAGUCAGUAAUAUCUGUGCCGCUGACUCCACUGACACAAUAGCAAACAGUGCUACAGACUCCUAGACAUGGAGCAAGAGUCAGCUGCAACUGGAUGUAGUUCUGCAGGAAUCAUCCUCAGAUUAACGCCAAUGCCUUCGUGAGUUAGUGUGUUCAGUUUAACUGUACUCCUUGAUUUGUGGCAUUGACAAAGGACUACUCUCCUUUAUACAGAAGGAAUGGGUUUUAAAUUUUGAUUUGGGCUUUCUUUUUGAUAUAUGUGCAUUUGGAUUUGUGAUUUAUUUGAAAAAUGUAUUUAAUUUCAAAGUCCCCUAUGCAAGAAAAAUAAGUCACCAAUUUUCAAAAUCUAGUGUUUUUUUUAAUUUGGCAAAUAAAUUGAAAAUGGUAAUAAAAGUGUCCUUUUUUUAACGGAAUGAAUUCUUUCAUGUUCUUUUGUUUUGUUUAUGACACAUGAACUUGAAUUUCAAACAUCAGAUUUCAAAACAUUUUCAAAAAAUAUACUCAAAUACAG